CCUGAAUCCGUUCCCUUGGACGGAGUUUGGACUCGGCAUACGUUUUCAGUUGAUCCUUGGAACUCGAAACCGUUCCGCCAUCUCUCUUGUUUGCCCAUCUUUUUCUCGUCGAUCGACUUGGGGGAAAGCGAAGCGCGAUGAGUUGGUGUCAUCCCGAUAUCACUCUUGGGGACCUCAUGCAACUGAUCAAGGGCUUCGUCGAUAUCCUAAUCCUCGCGAAUGGCUACCAGUCGUCUGGUCUUCCCGCCGUCUGGGACGCCCCCAGCAUUAAGAACGCUGUCCGAUGGGGCCUCUUCUUCCAGGACGUAUUUAAGCAUAUAAAUGACUCUUGUCAUUUUGACAAUUCAAUGAAGGAACUUGAUGCAGCUUUGAGGAAUCUGAUGUCUAAUCCAUUUUGUCCACAGGGUCUGGUCCAUCUGACUUCAACAUCUCUUUCUAGAGCAAGAGAUUUGGUUAUCGAAUGUUUAGUUCAAAGUCACAUAAUGGGAGCUAAACAUCUGACGUCUCUUUUAACAGCAGUCAUUGAGAUGGAUGUUAAUGACCUUAAUGGGACAUGGAAUGCUAAUUCUACUGUAUACACGGACAUCUUAAUGUUGCAGAUGGAAUCACUAAAUUUAGUUUCUAUGGAUAGGGGAAACUUUGUCAAGACUAGAGCUGCAUCAACACCAAGCACUUCAAAGAUUUCUGGUGUUUCAAGGGCCGGAAGUUGCAAUCCUGCUAUGCCAGAACCCAUGGACUAUAGUUUUGCCCAUCAUUCUUGCUUUCUGAUUCAUGAAAUUUUACAGAGGCAAGCUUCUAUUCUAUGCAUAACCUCAGCAGAGACGGGCUUAGAUUCAAUUUUGAAGUUGUUUAUGACUGAGCACAUGCUUGUACCUGAAAAGAACUCAUUGGAAGGGAAACCAUCAACUGGUAAUUCGCCAAAGAGCAUGUCUGAGCUUUUCCUCUGGAGCCAAUGGAGGUCAAGGUGUUUGUCAUAUUUAGUAGACAACAGAACUAUCAGAUUGCUCUCUGGUGCCAAUUUGAUUUUCAGCACACCUAAGGUUCACUGGCUUCAAGUCCUUGAUCCAUUGAAAGUUUUGUCAGAUUCCAUUAACGAUCACCUUCUUGAGAUUAUGGAAAUAUCAUUAUUGGGCUUUAUAUCCUCCAGAUGGACUAAUUUGAUUGGCCAGUUUAUGUCACAUUCUUGUGAUUACCUUACUAUCUCUGAGCAGUACUCUGUUCUUCAUUGCUUGCUACAGGAGAAUACUCAAUGUGCACACUCAAAAAUGGAAGCUUUAAGUUCCAAGGAGAAGGAUAUCCUUGGUUAUAUGACUACAUUUCUGGAUUGUCACUAUCACAAAUUAUGGCUACUUCCUCCAGUCCUUGUCGCGGCAGCAAUUCCUUCAUGGUCAAUUUUGUUCAGAGCAUUUUGGAAUGAAUUGAAUAAACGGUUUGUUGGAGCAUCUUCUGAUGUCAGAUGUUAUGACUGUGGUCAAGAUGGAAAGGAGCACAGAGAUUGUGAAGUUGCUGAAAGGAUACGAUGCCUCUACGCAUUCCAUAUUUGAUAAUUGAUCUGAAAGCUGCUGAUUCUUGAAAGGUUUUGGAGAUGUAAAUAACUUUACUUCAGUUCAAGUGAGAUAUUGCUGUGUAAGGUUUUGUUAGGAGAACCAGUUUUUACUCUGCAUCAACUCCUUUUGAAAGAUCUAUCUGUGUUUACCAACAUAUCACACCUGUUUAUUAAUUUGUUUGCAAGUGUACACACUUGGGUAUUUUUUCUCGCUUCGAUUUUGACUUUCUUGGUCUCA